GGCGAGUUUACCGAAACCGGUUGGCUGGGCGUUGCGCACACAAACACUAAUACACGUCUUUUCCAACCGGUGGAAGAACUUCGGCUGGAUAGCGGAUUAACGCAUCACACAGAUAUCUAGCAAAAGCAUACUAUGUGCUCCAGAUGUAAAUGUAUUGGAAGAAAACACCCACCCACCAACGAGGAGUGAGUCACAGUUUAAAGUAGCUGAAUAAGCGAGCGCCGGUGCGGACGGGGAGAUUGUGCCUACGUGGGGUGUAGUGACUUCGUCCUGCUACUUAAAGCUCUCCCCAAACUCUGCUUUUUAUGGGGGAGAGAAGCGUCGAGCUCGAGCCGCCACACGGACUGACAGUUGCUGCGCGAGGCGCCGGUGCCAGAUAUGGAUAGCGCGCGGGAUAGCUCAGGACGCUGGUGCGCAUCUUCAUAAAGUGCGACACUUACUUCGAGGGGGUAUUAAACUUCACUUGUCCGGAGGCAAAGCCGGGGGGCGAACGGAAGACGAGCGACCAUCUUCUAAAGCAGCAAGCCGAGUACAGAGAGGAAGAGGGCAAACUGUCCAGAGAACAGUACUUUUGCAGGUCUUCACGGGAAGCUUUAAAGAUGCGUCAGGAGGUGGCGAGGAGGUUUCACAUGCUGCUGGUGCUUUGGUCAGUGCUCCUCUUUAGCUUGGGGACGGGCUUUCCUACGAGACACAAGAAUGUUGCCCACAAAGCUCAUGGUCACCCAAUUCACAGUGGUGGAGUCCAGUAUGUCCCUGAGUCUUUGGAGCAACAGAACCAGGUUCAGAGUCUGUUGCCUGAGCCCCACAGUCACCAGAGGAGGUGGUCUCUCCCCCAACACCGGUCCGUUGGUGUUCUUCCACAGCCUGAACCCGAGGAAGAAACGAAACCCUUCAUACUCGAUCUGAAGAACUUUCCAGACCUGGCCAAUGCUGACAUCAACUCCCAGAACCCCAACAUACAGGUGACCAUUGAAGUGGUUGACGACCCUCAGAUGGAGGUAGAGAUGGACCUGGCCAAAGAAAAAGAUUGGCUACCCUCCUCUUCCUCCUCCCCCUCUUCUACAGUAGAUUGGCUCGGAGGCAAGAAGCUUUUCUGGCCCCUGUUCUGGAGUUACACUGACGCCGAUUCCAGUGAGGACAGCAAUAGCCGCUCAGGCAUGGAGGAAACGGGCGAAGAAGAGGAGGAAGAUUACUCUUUUGAUUAUGGAAGUGAGGAGCCCUUACCCAGUGGAGUAGGUGGAGACUGGGAUGCUCACUGGAACGAGGGCUGGGAUCCAGUACAGAGCUACUAUGUAAAGGACACAGAUGAGUGGACUCCCUGGUCUCCCUGUUCAGUGACAUGUGGACAUGGUGAGAGGAAGAGGACCAAAUCCUGCGGCUACUCCUGCACUCUGACAGAAGCCUCUAAGUGUGACCUGGAUCCUUGUCCUGGUGAUCUCAACACUGUGGUGGAACCUUUUCCUUUCGAGAUGGAGAACGGCACUGAGCCAUUUGGAACAGAAGUAGACAGCUGUGAGAAAUGGCUUAAUUGUAAGAGUGAGUUCCUCCAACGGUAUCUGCACCAAGUCAUGUCUGAGCUGCCCGGCUGCCCCUGCUCCUACCCAUCUGAAGUAGGGUAUACCGUGGUUAGUGUCUACGAUGACACCCACGGCCGGCCGUUUCGCUGGCGUGAUGCCAGUGGCCCCAAGGAGCGUCUGGACAUCUACAAGCCUUCAGCACGCAGCUGCAUUCGUUCAGCACUCUCCAGCGACUCGUCCACUCUUGCUGCACAGCACUGUUGUUACGACGAUCGCGGUCGGCUGAUCACACGGGGUAAAGGCGCAGGCACGCCUAACCUGAUCAGCACUGAGUUCUCACCUGAGCUACAUUUGAAAGUGGAUGUGCUGCCUUGGAUCUUAUGCAAGGGAGACUGGAGUCGCUUCCAUACGGUGCGACCACCCAAUAAUGGAUUGAGCUGCCCACAAAACCCCCAUGACGAUGUGUUCAUGAAUGAACUGGAAGAGGCCAGGGACUACUGAGGGACCGCAGCCAAAACUACCACUUCACUCAGAGAGAAGUCACAAUGGCCCAAUCCUAAUUUGAGAAAAGACAGUGUAGCUUAAAAAGAAGUAUUUCAUCAAAACCACUCAUCUGCCAAUAACCAUGCAUUAAUGAGUCGGUUGAGAUUGGGAGAUUCAGGAGUAAUGGUGAAGUCAGGUUGUCUCAAGUUAGGAUUUGGCGCAGUGCCCUGAUGUCAGACUCGUCUCAACUGAAGUCAAAUACACGAAUGAAGAAAAAAACAAAAACAAAAAAUGUAGUGUUGUCCCAUCGCUUGCCAACCUGUUACACAUCUGGCAUGACAUCAAGCCCUCUCUUUUUAUAUUUAGCACACUCUCCUGGGUGCUUGUAAGCAUGAUGUCUACCCUCUGGCUUCUUUUGAUGGUGUCCUGGAGCACUUGUGAUUGAUAACUUAUGGUAAACAUUCCCGAUCAUGUUUCUCACAGGUUUUACAUUAGGAAAUACAGUAUAACAUGGAUAUGUGCAAGUUACAUUAAUCUAACAAACACAGUCCAACGGACAUAUAUGAUAACUAUGCUGCUACAAUAUGAAAUGCUCUAGGUUUUACAAAGGAUUUUUAGGCAACAACACAUCAGUACAUCCAAAAGGUGCUGCAUGCAUUCAGAGUAAUGUAAAGUCUUUUGAGACAUAUGAUUGAUUACAACCAGAGAGCUAAGCUAAUCUAUCUUUCUGUAGAGAAUUAUGAAUAGCCUUUGGUCAGUAAUAAUACAGGAACCGCACAUUUGAUUUCACAUGUUUCCUCACAUUUUCUUUCACAGCCAGGAAUAAAAUCUAUGAUCUGGGUGCCAAAGAGAUAAAAAUCAGACUGUUGGUGCCUGUGUAAAUAGAGCCUCCAAGUCUCUACAGUGCAAAUGUAGGGAGAAAAUAAGUUCUGCAGUGGUUAGAUUGUGCUAAUAGAUGUGUCUCUACAAUGUUCUCAGGGGGACUAAAUGACCAUGACAAACAAAUUUGUUCAUUUACCUCGACAGCGGCGCGCUAUUGGACCUUGUACAAAGUGUAUUGGGUGUGUAAUCCAGAAAAUGCUUUUGUUCUGUUUCAGAAAGCAGUUGGAAACCUUAUAACUGAAUAGUUGUUGUUGAUGCGUUGUGUGGUAGGAAGAUGUUGUUGCUGUUCAAGCUGUUAGGGUCUUUGGGUUUAUGUAUAGAACUUAAUUGGGUAGAAAGGACUUCCCUACAAAACCAACAUCCCUCAGAGGCCAUACUUGUUGGCCAGUAUUCUGGCUGACACAAAAUAUUCAUAAUGACAACAGGAACUAGGUACCUGUGCGCUCUAAUACCUGUCCUUUCUAUCCAAUGUAAUUCUAUGGAUGUUUGCUCCAAACCUUUUUUAUUUCAGGAAUUCUGCCUCCAGAUGUGUAUAUGCGAACAAGCAUUCACAUUUUGGAAUCACCAAUUUUAAAGGAAGGCACUUUAUUUCUGCCGUUUUGUCGAUGAUAGUGUUAUUGUGAAGGGAAACUCGCCAGAAAUGCUGCAUUGUUAUAUGAAGGUGCAUAAUACAUAGCAGUGUUCUGUUGAGAAAAGCAUGAUCUUUUUUUGUGAUUUCUGAAUCUAGUAUUACAUAUAUGGUGUUGUACAGUAUUUAUUUGUCUCUUUUUUUAAAGUUUGCUGAAGCUUUGAAAUGAAUCUAUACUCAACAUGGUGCACUAGUCAGACUGAAAAAUGAAGGCACCCGUUAACAAAAGGGAAAACUCUUGCCUCGUAUCACUUCAUACAGCAACAACAGGUGUCUGUGUUUCAUUCUGUGUUGUACUGCAGUGCUCUAUGAAUAUGUUGAUGCAAUUAUACUGAAGAAAUAUAUAUAAAGACCUUGCAUUCAUCAUCUGA